AAAAGAUAAAAAAAAUACAACGUGUGCUUUUUGUGGUCACCAUCUUUCAUCACCACAAAAACUUCGUCAACAUUAUGCUAGUAAUAAAAAUCCAUGCCACUUAGCAGUUCCGUCUCCUAAUCAAAAUCCUGCUCCUCCACCUAAUCCAGAAAUAGAAUAUCUCGAUGCAUUGGGAUUAUUUGAUCCUCCAGAAAUUAUUGAGCCUAUUCCAUCCCCACAAGCUGAAAGAGAAUAUCUCGAAACAUUGGGGAUAUUAGAAUCCAUUCCACAAUUUCAUCAAACGGAUAUUAUUAGUUCUGGAUGUGAACUAUUGGAUGACCAUUAUUCA